CCUCUUUCCACUCGCCGGCUGUAUCUCUUCCCGGCCCCCAUUAAAGCACGCAGUCUGGGAUGUGUAAGAUAUGAAUCGCGUGGGCUAACGCACGCUCAGUUGCAGCGACUAUUAAUAUCUUUGAAGGUCUACAGAAGCUGCUAAACAUUGCAGAUCGCCCGUCGUCUGUUUCUCGCCAUGGCUCCGAAGGUCAAACUAAUCUACUUCGACAGUUGGGGAGCUGGUGAACCUAUUCGAUAUUUGCUUGCUUAUGGAAACAUCGAAUAUGAGGACUAUCGAGUGCUUGUUGAAGACUGGCCCAAAGUUAAAACCAGUAUGCCCUUUGGUCAGAUACCUGUACUUGAAUGGGAUGAGAAGGUAUUAUACCAAUCAACAUCCAUUUGCCGUUUCCUUGCCAAAAAGAUGGGUCUGGCGGGAGAUGACGAUUGGGAAGCUCAAGAGAUUGAUGCCCUGGCUGACACUAUAGCUGAUCUGAAGCAAGCAAUCAAUGAAUAUGGAUGGUACUGUUCCCGCGCAGAAAGGCCUAUCAAGAAGCAGAAAUUAAUAAAGGAGACACUUCCCUUCAUUCUUUCGCGCUUCGAAAAACGUAUCGGGGAAAAUAACGGUUAUUUGGCCAAUGGAAAGCUUAGUUAUGCUGAUUUUAUAAUUGCCGGGUCAACAGAAUAUUUUUCUGUUACAAUGGGAUUUGAUAUUACGGACGGCUACCCGAAGCUGAAGGCCCUUGUUGACAAGGUGCACAAAUUCCCACAAAUACAGGCAUGGGUCGAAAAGAGACCUAAAAAUGUAUACGCAUUCAAAAUGGAUGAUUAAGAAUAAAACAUUUUGUUUUAUGAAUCUGUUUUUGUUCUCUUCCUUACUUUACCAAACUUGUUAAAUAAAAACAAAAUCACAAUAAAUUGUGAAAACUUUAGCGGAAUUUGAAUUAAAGGUAUGUUUAUG